AUGCCAGACAAGAUCCCUCAUGCGCAGCUCAAACGACGAGCGUUUAGCGCCCGCCGCAUCCAGUGUCCCUACCCAGGCUGCAAACGCUGGUUGAAAAAUUCCUCUGGGCUGAAACUUCAUCAAAGCUCGGCCCAUAGCCACUCGUUUACCCAUCCUGGAUCGCAACGCACACAACACGCCUCUGUUGAAGAAAUUGAAGAUGAAGAAGCUCCCAGACGCACCAACAAUGAGCUCUGGGAGUUGAAGCAUGGACUUAUUCGUGAUUAUCACGAGACACUGACUGGUCGUAUUUGUGACGAGAAUGGCAACUUUGUUGACCCUGGCACUCCUCCUCCACCAUACACAGCAAAAAGUCCUGACGACUGGACUCCGUAUCGCAACCGACUGGAAUUUGAGUGCGCAGAUUUCAUGUACACUGAAAACCAGAUGUCCGCUGGUGAUAUAAACAAGAUUCUCUACUUGUGGGGAAUCACUCUCGCUGUUCAUCGCGACAAUCCACCAUUUGCCGACUACAAGGACCUGUACAAUACUAUCGACGCAACACCGCUAGGCGAUGUCACAUGGGAAAGCUUCUCCCUGAAGUACAAUGGCGAUAAACCUGCUGGAGAGUGUCCACUUUGGAUGGAACAGUCGCACGAGGUUUGGUUCCGGGACCCUCAUACCGUCGUCAAGAACAUGCUCGCAAAUCCAGAUUUCAAAGGUGGAAUUGAUUAUAUGCCCUACCGUGAAUUUCAGGAGAAGGAUGAGCAACGCUGCUAUAAGGAUUUCAUGUCAGGAGACUGGGCCUGGCAGCAAGCAGACCAAAUCGCACAGGACCCACAAACGCAUGGUGCGGCUUUCGUUCCCAUCAUUGUAGGCAGUGACAAGACGACGGUGUCUGUUGCUACUGGUCAAAACGACUACUACCCUCUAUAUCUCUCGAUUGGGAACGUUCACAAUAACGUCCGGCGGGUGCAUCACAACGCAUUGGCUCUGGUUGGAUUUUUGGCGAUCCCUAAGACGGAAAAAAGAAAUACAGAUGAACUUGGAUACCGCAAAUUCAAGAAGCAGUUGUUUCACUCCUCGUUGUCCAGGAUCUUCGCCAAUCUCAAACCUGGAAUGACAACUCCAGAGGUCACACGGUGUGGCGACGGACACUACCGGCGCAUUAUAUAUGGCCUUGGACCCUACAUUGCAGACUACAAAGAGCAGGUAGUAUUGGCAUGCAUGGUCAAAGAUUGGUGUGGAAGAUGCCUUGCAUUUCCCUCAAGUCUUGAUGAAGGAGGUGUUUCUCGGUCACGCGAACAUACUGAUGCGCUUGUGGAUUCUAUAGAUUUUGGUAUACUUUGGGACGAGUAUGGUAUCAUUGGCGAGUUAGUGCCCUUCACCAACGACUUUCCUCGUGCCGACAUUCACGAGCUCCUUGCCCCCGACAUACUGCACCAGCUCAUCAAAGGAACCUUCAAGGACCACCUUGUUGAAUGGGUGGGCAAAACACGCGCCAAGGCGAUUUUAGAUGAUAUUGACCGAAGAAUUGCUUCCGCGCCGCCCUUCCCUGGCCUACAACGCUUUCCACAAGGCCGUGGAUUCUCACAAUGGACAGGUGACGACUCCAAAGCUUUGAUGAAGGUCUAUCUACCAGCAAUCGAGGGCCACGUACCAGAUGAUAUGGUUCGGGCAUUUCGAGCCUUGCUAGAGUUCUGCUACAUCGUGCGCGCGAACGUAGUGACGGACGACACUCUCGCAGCGCUGAAAGAUGCCCUUGGGCGUUUUCAUACUUACCGGACUAUUUUCCAGACUACUGGUGUCCGCUUCGACAUUUCCCUACCCCGACAACACUCUCUCAUCCACUACGAGCUUCUCAUCCGAAUGUUUGGUGCUCCGAACAGCCUCUGCUCGUCAAUCACGGAAUCAAAACAUAUCAAGGCGGUAAAGCAACCAUGGCGACGUUCAAGCAAGUACAACGCGCUCAGCCAGAUGCUCCUUACCAAUCAGCGCCUGGACAAAGUCGCUGCAGCAAGAGUUGAUUUCACAACACGCGGCAUGCUCAAAGGGUCUUGUGCCUUCAGCUACUACAAUUCAUUUGUUGAGAAUCCCUCAUAUAUCGACAACGACAAUGGAGACCCAGAGGUCCAACCAAACCCAGCGCAUGCAGGAAGCAACCCCUUUGCUAUCGAGAGUGACGACUUUGACGAUGUUGAGGAUCAGGGUGUUGUAGAUGACGUGGAUGUCAUUGCUGAUGUGCAAUUAGCACGGACCUUUCGUGCGUAUCCAACCCUCUACUCACUAACGAAAACGCGCCCUGUACCGUUGCUGAUCUCGCAGACGAACUCGACAUCCCAUCAGUUCCCGACCCUCAUUCGCCUCUUCCUGUAUGACCAAAUACACGCGGACAACCACCAUUCUUCUGCCGAUGUCCCCCUUCGCGACUGUCCAUCCUACACGGGACCAAUCAAGAUAUUUCAUUCAGCCGCUGCAACAUUUAUCGCACCCAGUGAUCCGAGUGGAAUCACUGGUAUGCGCCGUGAGCACAUUCGCGUUGUGCCUUCGUGGCGCAAGGGACCAGCUCGCUUUGACUGCGCCUUCGUCAACACGGACAAUAGGCAUGAUGGAAUGUUGAGCAUGGAUGUCGUUCGAAUAUUCUGUUUUUUCUCUUUUACUUUUACUAACAGUCACACAUACCCAUGUGCCCUCGUUCAAUGGUUCCAUCGCAUCGCCGAGGAACGAGACGAGCUCACAGGAAUGUGGAUGGUGGCACCGUCUUUCAAUGAAGACGGCUCUCGCGAUUUGUCCAUCAUCCAUAUCGACAGUAUCAUUCGCGGUGCUCACUUACUCCCAAUAUUCGGUACUCAGCUCGUACCACGCGGCCUUCGAUUCUACGAUUCUCUGGAUGUAUAUCGAGGAUUCUACGUAAAUCGGUUCAUUGAUCACCAUGCUUUCGAGCUGGCAUCUUAAUAUAUUCAUUUUUUCUUGCAA